GGUAAGGUCACGAACCAUCUCAUUAUGUAACUAUUACAUAGUGAAUGUUGAUUUUCUAUUGAGCAUUUAUUAUAUAAAUAUAUCCUCAUUUGGUACCCAUUAUCUCUACACGUUUGUUCUGUUUCCUCAAGCUCUUUCGCAAUGCACAUCUCAAAAGCUCCAUUGGGAGCUUUGCUCUUGAGCACUCUCCUUCAACUUACAAGCAGUUCAUCUAUACCAAUCGACAUCUCUUCUCCAGAGAACAUUAUCGAUAAUCCAACCUCUUCCGAAUCUACAUUUCGCAUACCCACAUCCCGUGAAAGCGCCAUUCUUGCCCGUCGCAUUCUCCAUCUAACGCCACUCGGAACCCUCUCGACCAUCUUCCCCAACUCAUCAUCAACUCUCGAGAAUCGACCCUCCAAUCUUCAAAAUAUUCCCAUCGGUCUCAUGGACUACAUAGCUGACUGUGAACCGACAAGUAACAAUCCUACUAUCCUCGCUCUCAGCAUCGCAACCACCUUCAAAAACGCAGUCUCAAACCCAAAUAUCUCCCUUUCCCUAUCUUGGACUCCUCCCUAUCCUCCAAAAUCCCGCAUAUCAUCCAAGCCAGACCCAUUCGCAUUCUCCGCAGCAAAUCAACCGCGGUUUAGUAUCUUGGGAUAUCUCGAACCCAUCACUGCUUCGCCUGCAGAAGAACAAGAAUUAAGACAAUGUUUCGUCGAUACUCACCCCGAUGCUAAAUAUUGGUUACCAGGUAACCAUAUUCAUCAUAGUGAAUGGGUUCGCUUGGUUGUGCAGGAGAUCUAUUGGAUAGGGGGAUUUGGGGAUCGCGCGUAUAUUGGUUGGAUACCGAUUGAGGAGUGGAGGUCUGUCGAGAGAGAAGAGUGGGAGAAAGUGAGAUUGGUAGGAGAAAAGAAAGGAUGGAAGGAAUGGGCGGUUGAGGGAUUAGGAUUGGGAGGUUCCUGGGAGCUAUGAAACUAGGGUGUUGCUAUGAGAGCGAUUGAUUAUAAGUGUGAAUAUGUGCAUCAGUGACUUUAGUAGUUAUUUACACCUUGUUUAAUGUAUCUUCCCUCAAACUUCAAUCUUCCAUGUCCUUGCUAAAAAUUUAUAUGAGUAAUCAAUCUGUGAUUCAAUUUUAACAAGACGGGACCGAAGGGUUUAAUAUCGAGUUAGUUACAAUGCCUAGCUGGAAGUAGAUCAAUAAAUGACACAAGUUUUUCA